AUUAGCCUCCUCAAAAAAACAUCAAACGAACGAAGACACAAACACAACAACAACGUAGUAGAACAACAACACAAACCUGUUUCAAACAAAACCUGUUCUAUGUCUCAACAAUUCCCAAACUUCAAAUCAAAUCAAAAUUAAACAAAACUUACCACAAUUUCUAGGGUUUUCAUCUCCAAAUUCCACAAUCACAAUUCAACAAAAAUUUAUGGUGUUGUGGAAUUUAGUGUAAGAAAUAGACAGCAAAGAUUACUUUCUUUUUGAAUUGUAUGAUUGUGUUGGGUUUUCAAUAUGAGUGGUACACCUAAGAAAUCUCAUGAAGAGUCUGUUCAUCCGUCUUCAAAACACCCGCAUGAAGACGCGGGUGCGUAUCCAAAAUUGGCGCCGUCGUCAGUUUCAAAUGAGUAUCAUAUGUCUUAUGAUAUAGGUCAGGAUUCUCGGGUGGUAAAAGUGCCUCGUGAUGUGGAGAGAAGAUCUCCUCUUCAUUCAGUGUAUCGGAUGCCGUCGUCUUCUAGUGAUCCUCAUGCCGAGCAUCCUGUUGGUCCUGAGAAGAGGUUAGAAUCAAGGGAAUCCAAGGAUAGUAGAGAUAUCCGGUUUGAGAAUCGUGAUACGAAGACUGAGAAAAAGGAGAUGUUUGGAGAAGUAAGAAAGGAUCCUCAGAGUGCUAAAAGUGAAAAGGAUGCACAUGUUGAAGGUAGAGGAGAUGACAACAAGGAUGUUAGACAUGAUCGGGAUAGUCAUAAUGAUUCAAAAGGUGAUACUAAGACAGAAAAAGAUAGUUUUAAUGCGGCUAGCGGCCUUCACUUGGAUUGGAAAGAAUCAGAAAAAUACCAUAGGGCAAAAAUAUAUUCUGAUCCUCCUGGCGCGAGUUUGGAACCCUGGCCUAUGUCACGUGGGAAUACACAAGCUUCACUCGAGGUUGGAAAGGAGAGUUCAUCAGCAGAACAAAGGGAGUAUGGUGGGGAAGCUCGUGAAGCUGUUGGGGAGAACAAAAUUGAUUCCAAAGGCGACGAUAGAUCUAAAGAGAAAGAUAGAAAAAGAAAGGAAGUGAAGCAUCGGGACUGGGGGGAGAAGGAAAAAGAAAGAAUUGAUCGUAGAAACAAUAUACAAGUUAGCAACACGGGUAGUGACUGGAAAGAAUCUGUGAAUGAUCGUAGAAACAAUGUACAAGUAAGCAAUACGAUUGGUGACGGCAAAGAACCUCUGAAGCAAGAUAGAGAUGUUGAAAGGUGGGAGAGGGAGAAAAAAGAUCUUCCCAAAGAAAAAGAAAAUUUAAAAGAGAAGGAAAAGGAUCAGAUGAAGAGGGAGUCGUGGAAUGGAGCCGAGAAAGAUGUUUCAAAUAACGAGAAGGAACCUGUUGAUGGAUCGGCUAAGGUUCCUGAACAAGAAACUGUCUUACCGGAGCAGAAGAAACAAAAAGAUGUUGAUAGAGAAGCUAAAGACAAGAGAAAAGAAAGGGAAGCUGAUUUAGUAGGAGACAGGUCUGAUAAGCGCAGUAGGGGCUUUGACAAGGAAUCAGACGAUGGAUGUGCUGAUGGGCAAGGGGCAAUAGAAAAGGAGAGUGAAGUCUAUAACUAUAGUGGUCAGCACCGUAAGAGGAUACAAAGAUCACGGGGGAGCCCUCAGGUGCCUAAUCGGGAGCCUCGUUUCAGGCCCCGCACCCAAGACAACGAAGGGUCUCAAGGUAAAGUUGAGGUUUCUUAUGUUGUUUAUAAAGUUGGUGAAAGCAUGCAAGAGCUGAUAAAGUUGUGGACGGAGUAUGAAUCAUCUCAAUCUCAAAUUGAAAAAAAUGGUGAAAGCUCUAAAAAUGGCCCCACUCUGGAAAUUCGGAUAUCGUCCGAGUAUGUUACUGCUACAAAUCGCCAAGUCAGAGGUGGCCAGCUUUGGGGGACUGAUGUGUACACAUAUGACUCCGAUCUUGUUGCUGUUCUCAUGCAUACAGGUUACUGUCGCCCAACAGCAUCUCCACCUCCUGCAGCCAUACAAGAGUUACGCGCAACCAUACGGGUGCUACCUCCAAAAGAUUGCUAUAUUUCUACACUGAGAAACAAUGUACGUUCCCGUGCUUGGGGUGCUAAAAUUGGCUGCAGUUAUCGAAUCGAACGGUGUUGCAUUGUGAAGAAAGGAGGUGGAACUAUUGAUCUUGAACCUUGCCUUACACAUACAUCAACUAUUGAGCCGACCCUUGCUCCAGUGGCUGUGGAGCGGACAAUGACUACCAGGGCCGCAGCUUCAAAUGCAUUGCGGCAGCAAAGAUAUGUUCGAGAAGUCACGAUUCAGUACAAUCUUUGCAAUGAGCCUUGGAUCAAAUAUAGUAUAAGCAUUGUAGCAGACAAGGGUCUAAAAAAGCCACAAUACACAUCUGCUCGAUUGAAAAAGGGAGAAGUUUUGUAUUUGGAGACGCAUACGACCAGAUACGAACUAUGUUUUGCUGGAGAGAAGUUGGUCAAGGCUACACCAGCAACUCAGGCAAAUGAAUCAGGCGCUGAGAAGGCUCAAAAUCACCAUCCACAUUCUGCAAAUGGUGAAAAAAGUGAGCCUGAUCAUGUUAUGAUUGAUGCGUUCCGGUGGUCUCGUUGUAAGAAGCCUCUGCCACAGAAAUUGAUGCGCACGAUUGGCAUCCCUCUGCCUCUUGAACAUGUCGAGGUGUUGGAGGAGAACUUGGACUGGGAAGAUAUACAAUGGUCUCAAACUGGUGUUUGGAUUGCAGGAAAGGAAUAUACCCUUGCAAGGGUGCAUUUCUUGUCGAUGAAUUAAUUUUUGUUUUGUUUUGUUUUUAGGAGAGAUUAUAUUUGUCUUUCACUUCUAUUGGGGGAGUGAUGGUGGGAUGAAAUAAUCAACAAACAUAUUAAUUAAUUAAUGUACUUAAUUGGAAAGAUAUUGUCUCAUGUAACUGAAGCAGUCAUAGUUUAUGUAGAACGGUUAUUGACUUAAGACAUAUAGAAAUAAAAUUUGCUUGCUAUAGUUUUCAUA